AUGCGUCUGCGUUUCUGCGCCACGCUAUUGAUCGGUUGCGCUCGCUGGCAGCGUAUAAUUGUCUUGCGAAGCGACCGGGAUGGGAAUCUUAAAUUUCACAUUACGUGCGACCAUCGCUCCCGUCAGUGUCGUCUGGUGGAGGACCUCGGUUCACAGGAGCGUGGAAGUUCAACAUUUGUCGGCAUACUUUUCAGCGCGAAGUUUCGAGAAGGGGACCUGCGCAGCAGCCGGGAAAUUCGGAAUGUGUCGACGAUAAGUGUCAAAAGCUUUUUAUAA